UAAACACAUAAGGGAGAUUUCUCCUAAUCUUCUUCACUAUAUUUAACAUGGUAUCAGAGCACAGGAAUAGUUCCAGUCAACUCCACGGUCUCCGACACCCAUCACUGUCGCUGUUGUCGCAGUUGCCACUGCCGUCGUCGCCGCUGGAGUUCCAGAAUCGACCGGUGACCACACCAUCGGAAGCGUCUCGGCCGGGCGACCACCGUCGUAUGAAGAUCGCGGCGAACGGACCUCUCACGCGCCUCCACGCGCCGCCGCGCGUGCCGGCGCGUCGCCAGAGCUUUCCGCUGCCGAUCAGCACCGCCGUGAUCGCCUCCUCGCCCUCUUUCUGGAUCUGUGGUCGUUGCGUCAAUCAGAGCAUUUUGAAUUUUUAGGGUUUCUCCCUCUCCAUGGCUGUCCAACUUGAUGAUCGGAGACGGUCUCGCCAACCCGGUAACGGACGUCCAAAAUGUGACCACUGUGGCAAGCUAGGCCACAAAAUUGAUAGAUGUUAUGCACUUCAUGGACGUCCUCUUCGACCUAUAGUAAUGGUUAAUUCUGAUCCACCUCCCCGAUCACCGUCUGCAGACCAUCCUACUUCAUCAAAUACCAUAAAUAACCCUUUACUCUUUCAAGAAUUUCUCAGAUGGUAUGAGGACCGUCAGCACUCUAGUUCCACUACAUCUGCUUCUGUUACAUGCACAGGUACUCCUUUUGUCGGUCUGACUCACUCUCUCGGAUCUUGGGUCCUUGACUCAGGUGUCACCGAUCAUAUCACUGGACCGGAGUUCGAAACACAUGAUUGGCACAGGAUGUGAGUCUCAUGGCCUAUAUCAUCUCAGCCCUUCUCCACAUGCUGGCGUAAUCAUGGAGUCAUCAUCCCUUCUUCAUGCUCAGUUAGGUCAUCCCAGUCUUGCCAAACUGCAGCAACUUGUUCCGAGUCUGUCCAAAUUAUCAAGUUUGUCGUGUGAGUCUUGUCAGUUAGGUAAACAUACUCGUAGUUCCUUUCCUCGUAGUGUUUCACAACGAGCGUCAUCCCCCUUUUCAUUGGUUCAUUCUGAUAUUUGGGGACCUAGUCGUGUUAAGUCAACUUUAGGAUUUCAGUAUUUUGUUACCUUUAUUGAUGACUAUUCCAGAUGUACUUGGUUGUUUCUCAUGAAGAAUCGUUCUGAGUUGUUUUCUAUUUUUCAAACUUUUUUCAAUGAAAUAAAAA